GGGAGGGGGUACAAAGCGCUUCCUUUUUCCAUUGGCAUCAUGCUUUAUCGGGGCAACAACCAGAGCAGUUUGGGCAUCGAGAAGAACAUUAAAGUGACCAUCCAUCAGCUGAAGGAGCCGUCCGGAAACCAGACGCCUGCAGACCAGCGGAAAUAAAAGCAGAAAGUUCAUUUGGACUUUUGGAAGCCAAAGUUUGACGUAAUUUUCUCCGGGACACCAGGAAAAGACAGGAGGGUCAACAUGGAAGUAUUUCCUGCGGAAAAAUGAAGGAUUUUCUCCUUUACAAAUCGAAGGUUAUCUGAGGACGGGGAAAUAAUAGAGUAUCAACGGAGCUCCUAAAGUUUUCCACAUGUCUUUUCUGACGCAAGCAGCGGCAGCUUUCUGAAACCCCCCCAGAGAUCCCGACAGUUCCUCUGGAUCUCCAGCAGCAGCAUCACCGCUGCUUUCGCUUCCAUGGAUUCUAGAGGAGAAAACAAACUUCCUGGCUGAAAGGAGCUGGUUUGCUCAGAGCUUCACGGUGAAGCCGCCUGCGGACUGAGACGUGCUCAAAGCAGAUGGAGACUAAAUAAAGCCGCUGUUAUGCAAAUGUUACUUGGGUGAAGUUUGCGAGAGCUGACCGGGGGAAGCCCAAUGAGUGGCACACAGCCAGCACUCACUGACAGGACCCAGAGCAUUCUCACAGAUAAAAAUAGAAAGCAUGGGAAAUCCUCUUAAGCACGAGUUUGACCCAACAGGUCUGGUCCAGCGCUGUGUGAUUAUCCAAAGAGAUAAAAAUGGCUUUGGUCUGACAGUAAGUGGAGACAACCCUGUGUUUGUGCAGCUGGUGAAGGAAGAUGGAGCUGCAAUGAGAGCCGGUGUCCAAACAGGAGAUCGGAUCAUUAAGGUUAACGGGACUUUAGUUACUCGUUCAAACCACAAAGAGGUUGUAAAGUUAAUAAAAUCGGGUUCCUAUGUAGCGCUAACGGUGCUGGGGAGGCCUCCAGGCCUUUCUCAAAUGCCUCUGGAGGAGGCGCAGGAGCAGGAACAACAUGAAGAAGUCAGCCUGCCUCUUCCUCUCUCAGCCCCCAACUCACCUGCACUGUCCGGCAUGGAGCGGAGCAGCUCUUUGAGUGGGAGCCCCCAGAACCACAAUAACUGCACUCUGUCUGAUGGGGAAGGAGCUUCGGGGUCCAGGAUUUGUGAUGAAGAUGAACGAGAUGAUGGGACUCUCCUGAAGGAACAGACCGGUGAAGAAGCGUCACCUAUCAACAGCAAUGCUACGCACAGCACUCCCGUUCCACAGGCGUCUGGAAAAAGAGACUCGCCACUUCAGAGUCCGGACGUUAGCCGCCGAGAUGACCUGAAUUUCUGCUCGUCCCCUGACACUGAAGACGCUCCUGACACUGACUGCAGUCCUCAUUCUUCUGUGGCAAGCCCUCCAUACACCCUAAACCCCCAGAUAAUCGGAGCGGAGGACGACUACUUUGACUAUCAACAAGAACAGAUUAACGGCGAGUGCAGCUGUUUUCAGAGUAUUGACCUGCUUAAGUCUCGACCGGCUCAUCUGGCUGUCUUCCUCCAUCAUGUGGUGUCCCAGUUCGAGGCUGCUCCUCUGCUUUGUUAUCUCUAUGCAGAAAUGCACAAACAAACCAGCUCCAAGGAGAGUCGACGCCUGUUUAUGGAGUUCCACUCCCUCUUCUUAGAUAGAACAGCAAAUCUAAAAGUACCAGUUCCUGACACAAUAGCAGCAGAAUUAGAGAAGCGACGGCUGGAGCUGAUCCCAGAGGAUCUGUGUAAACAAUACACUCAGGUGUUACAAGACUCUCUUCUGACAGAUCUCCUCAAGAACCUGGAGGACUUCAGACAGAAGCGCAGCAUGGGUCUGACCCUGGCUGAAGACGAGCUGUCUAAGCUGGACUGGGAGCGGGGGAAAGACCAGCUGGCGAUGGAGAAGGAAUGCGCCUGUGCAGAACACAUCCUCGCCAAGAUUGAGGAUAUCCUGCCGACGACUCAAGCCUCCGAAGAGGAGAAGUGCCAAGCUAUGCAGUAUGUGAUUCUGACCUACAUGAAGCAUCUUGGGGUGAAAGUGAAGGAGCCUCGCGGUCUUGAACAAAAGCGUGCACGCAUCACCUUCCUGCCCAAGAUUAAAAGAGGAAGCAAACCUGAAAAAGAUGGUGAUUGGAAGAAGCCUCGGUUUCCCAACAUCCUUGUUCAUCCUCGACGUGUAAGCAGAGUGGACUCCACUUUGGUGGCUAAGUCUGUGGAGCUCAAUAAGCAGCGCUCUCCAAAGUUCUCUCAGCCGGCCUUCGUCAUUCCUGAACCAGCCGACCAUCCUGCCUCGAACCCUGGACGCAGCCGAGCCAAUCAGCUCAGCCAGGGGUCAGACACCAGCACACAGUCCACCAUCUCUGCCGCCUCCCUGGGUCCCAGCUCCGCCGACUCGACUGGACAAGAAACAGACUCUAGUGUCUCUCCAUUAUACGUCCAGUCGAGACUCAGUGAUGGCCUGCAGGCUGCAGAACACCAGGAUAGCGUCUCUAGUCCAAUCAGCACUCAGUUUGACUUCAGCCCAUCCAACCUUGAUCAUCGAGAGGACGACCAGGAUGCCUUCAGGAUGGAAAUUCAGCCCACAGUGGGUUCAGCUGACUUUCAGAGCGAGGAUGACCAGGCAGGAGAGGUGGAGAGAGAGGAAGAUCCUCUGAACUGGCAGAAACUCGUCCCUCAAGGCGUCUUGGCAGGUCUCACUUCAAAGGAGAUCAAACGGCAGGAAGUCAUCAAUGAGCUGUUCAUCACUGAGCGCGCUCACCUGCGUAAGCUGCGGGUGCUGGACGAUGUCUUCUGCCAGAGACUGAGCAGACACGGCAUCCUCCCACCUGACGUCAUAAAGCACAUCUUCACUAACCUGGAGGAAAUCAUUCAACUGCAUGUUUCAAUAACAGAGCAAAUGACCGCCAUCAGGAAGAGGAGUGAGACCUCUGUGAUUGGUCAGAUUGGAGAUGAUCUCCUGGCCUGGUUCAGCGAGGAAGAGGAGAAAAUAAAGAGAGCCAUAGGAAUGUUCUGCAGCAACCAGCCGUCUGCGCUGGAGCUCAUCAAGACCAGGCAGAAAAAAGACCAGAGGUUCAACCUAUUCAUGCAGGAAGCUGAGAGCAACCGCUUGUGUCGCAGGCUGCAGCUAAAAGACAUCAUCCCUGUAGAAAUGCAAAGAAUGACAAAGUACCCGCUCCUACUGGACAAUAUUGCCAAAUACUCUGAGGAUGGUGAAGAGAGGGAAAAGGUGAAGAAAGCUGGAGAAUGCUGCAAGAAGAUCCUGAACCACGUCAACCAGGCCGUGAAAGAGGCUGAAAACAAACAGAGACUCGUGGAGUAUCAGCGAAGACUUGACGUCUCAUCUCUGAAACAAAGUGAAAACCCCAUGAUCCUGGAGCUCAGGAAUCUGGACUUGACUAAGAGGGCGAUGGUAUAUGAGGGACCGCUCUCCUGGAAAGUCAAUAAGGACAAGACCAUUGAGCUCUACACACUUCUUUUGGAGGACAUCAUGGUUCUACUUCAGAAACAAGAUGAGCGUUUGGUUCUCAAGUUCCAUGGGAAGAACCUGACCAGCAUUCCGGACGCCAAGCAUAGUUUCAGCCCCGUCAUCAAGCUCAGCACUGUCCUGGUUCGCCCUGUAGCAACCGACAACAAGGCCUUCUUUGUCCUGUCCAUGUCAGAGAACGGAGUCCAGAUGUAUGAGCUAAUGGCGCAAAAGGUGUCCGACAGAAGAACGUGGCAGUGUCUGAUCACGCAGUGCGCUGACGCCAUGAAGGCCAAAGCUCACCCCAGCGACAGGCCUCCAGCUCAGGCAGAAGCCGAACGGGUUGCAGUCGAGAUCCUGAACCAAGAGAUGCCCAAACAGAGCGAGACGCUGACUGAGAGCAUACAUUCAGCAGAUAAAGACGCUCCAUGUUCUCCUCAUAUUGAAUCUCCCAUCAACCCCUUUGAUGGCUUGAAAUCAGAAGAUGAGGAAGAGGAGCUGGCAGCUCCAGUCAGGCAGGAGGAAGAUGGGGAGGAAGAGGAGGUGGACGAAGCCGAGUUAGAGGCCUUCCUGGACAGCCAGCUGACUGACAGUCUCCUACAGGAAGGAUCCCGCCAGGGCAUCGCUUUUCCAGUUGAGGACACGGAGUCAAACUUUCCCUCCUCCAAAGCUGAAGAGGCUCUGCGGACGCUGGCCAUUCUGAAGGAGACACUUUAUUCCCACAUGAUGAACAGGGAAGUAGAGGAGGAUACAGAGGAGAACAAACCGUCUUCUGCAGGACCAGAGAAUGACAACCUGCAGAUCUCCUCUGCCCUCACUGGGGUGUCUGAGUCAGCACAACCGAACGGAGGUUUUGCGGGUCUGGACUUUGAAGUCGGUUCUGGGGAGAGCAGCGCCGACGACGACGUCGCGAUCGACAUGAGGAAACUGCUGUCCUCCUCCUCACAGGCAGGGGGCGACGGCCCCGAUCUGAGCAGGCAGUUGAUGACCCACCUGCGCCUCCUGCAGGCUGACCUGCAAUACCUGCAGGAAGUAGAGACGAAGUACAACGAACUCCAGCAAAUCCGCAACAACAGAUCUACAGACUCAGAUGAUAACAACGAGGGACUGCAGUGAUCAUGGACCCGAUCUGAGUCAAACAGGGAAUUAUACUUCACUUUAACCCACUGAUAAUGGAUGAUAAUGGGCAAAGGAUGAUUAUCAUGUUUUACCUGGAGAGACUUUUUCCUAUAAAAACAAUCAACUGUCAACUGAUCGUAAACACUGGAUAUAUGAAAUGGAAAAAGGGAGCUAUGGCAAGGCGUUCAGGACUCCAUGGAUGCUUCAACAGCAUGGAAGUAAAAGUGCUGUCUUGUAAUGAUAUUUCCUCCAAGAUAAAGAGAUUCAGAUGUUACUGCCAAGCCACAAAUGUUUUCAACAACUCGGAGGCAGACAAACUAAAAUACUGUUUUUUGUGGAUUGAAUUAAGCAGAAAUGAGAUUCACUGUGAAAAACAUUUCAUGUCCAACACAAACUCUGAUUUCUUGGAUGUUUCAUUUCACCGUUUGGUUUCUCCUGGCAGGAAAUGGUUCAAACAACGAGCACCAAUGAUAAAACACGGACAUUUCCAGGUUUUUGAAUGAAAAAUCCCAUUUCCAGAACUAAUUUAACUGAUCCAGCACGUUCCUCAUUUCUUCACUGAUUUUUUUUCACACCUAAUAGUUUGAUAGAUUUGGAAUGAUUGGGACCAAAAUUGCAACAUUUGUUACAUUUUCAGCUGCUGUGAUUCUCUUUUACACUGCCUUUGAAAAGCGUACUCACCUCCUUGCCUGUGGUGGCGCUGCAACAAGAACCACUGAAGGAAACGACGCAAAAGCCUCUGAAGACACGGAGAACAACUUCCUUCUUCACAAAAUGUAAACAAAAAUGGAGUGGGGUUAAAUUUUAGCAGUUGUAGGAUUUCUCUUCUGUUGUUGGUAAAAGAGAACAAAUCAUUUGUUCCACUGCAGCUGGACAUGUACAUUUCUUUUGGUGGUAUUUACCCAGACUGGGCUCUUUGGAUUAUAAAGGUUGCAGACCCCUGAUGUAGACAAAAAUAUUGGGUAAGAUUUUAUGUUUUUGCAGUGCAUUCAAAUAGUUAAAAAAAAAAACCUUUCUGUGUAAGAAAACCCGGCAAAUUGCAUUUACUCCUUCUGGACAAGCAUGCAGUGACAGUGGGGAAGAAAACUUUAGGCAUUUUAGCUUAUAUUAUAAAUAUUGUCGGGAAAAGUCUCAGCUUCUGAACAUUCCACAUUUGGAAGCAACUCAUAUUUACUUGGCUGGUUUUAGGCAUUCAGGUGAAGCAGAAUCCUGAAUCAGUGCAGUCCUAGUAAUGUACUACAAAAUAAAAUAUUACAAGCCAGAUUUUUUUUUUAUCUUGUUUCUACUAGAAAUAAAUUAAAAUGAGACAAAACUAACUUAAAAGUAGCUUUUCAGGAAGAUAAAGGGGCUAAGCUAAGAUAAUUCCUUAAUAUUGAUUUUAAAAAGUACAAGUUCCAAUGGCAGAUAAACAUACAGCAUGGAAAAAAUGUCUUGUUAUAAUGUAUUAAGUUUUGCUUUUUUUAAUUACAUCAAGCGCCUACUAGUAAGUUAGCUUUCUUGUUUCAAGUGCGCUAAGAUAUUUUCACCAGAAGCUAGACCAAAAAACAAACAAACAAACAAAAACUUGGUAAUAUUUAGUGACGCCCUUUACUUCCUGUUUAGUUGCGUGGAGUUAAUUAAACUCCAUUGUUUUUGCUACAGGCUCCCUCUAAUGUGUUUGGUUGAUUACUUCUUUUUAAAGGUUGGACUCACUGGCCGUAAGACUGCGCCGAACACUGUGGCUUUCACUUCUCGGAGAUAAAGCAAAGACGGACUGAGGAGAGACAUGUUGUACUGUAAGGAUGUUUAUUGUAAAAUGCUUAAAGUGUAUCAGCUCCGUGGUUUUAUCCACUGUUCCUCGUUUUGCACCAUGACGUCAUGUAAUGUAUCGACACAAACUACUUAAAGAAGAUUUAUUAUCAAACUGUUUUAAGCUGUUCCACAAGUGUUGCUUUUUAUUGAUUUAAUAAUAUAACAGUAGUUUCUCCUCUGCUCUGGCUCGGUCGUGAGUUUUUCAACAUUUUCUGGGCAUGUUCAAAACGUACCUGCUGCACUUCGAAUGACAACAAAACUACAAACGUGUAUUGGCAUUCAUUUAGCAGAAUAGUAUGAAAAGGUUUGUGUUAAUGUCCAAAACAGGGCUAUGAAUUGGUGAACUGGCCCAGAAUAAACCUGAAGUUCUGAUUUCUGAA